CCAGAUAAGGUCUUGGCGAUGAGCAAAAUUCAAAGCAAUAUUCUUCAUACUCGCAAAAUCAAAAAUUCAAAAGAAUAUGAUAAUUGUAUUUGCCGGUUAUAUAUUGCAGCACCUAUAUUAUUAGAUGGUGAAUCCUUUGAAGAAUUAACUAUCUCUGACUUGGAUUACCAAAUAAGUGACAACGAAAGUGAAAAUAAUAUUGACAAAGCAAUUACUGAGCUUAAUAAUAUUGAGAAGAUAGCUCCUGGGUCUAAUACUGAGUCUGGUAAUAUUAAAGAAGCAACUAAAUCUAGCAAUUGGACAAAUCAGAAUUUUGAAGAUGAAGAUUUAAUUACAAAAGAAGAGCAACAGUGGGAACAUAUGAUUAAUGAAUAG